AUGUUUCGAGGAUGUGAUUCAUUAACAAAUAUCGCAAUUUAUGGAGAUAUUGAUACUAUUAGACCCAGUACAUUCUACGAAAAUGCGCGAAAAAUAUCAAACGUAACAAUUCUGGGAAAAGUGAGAUAUAUAGAUUUCCUCGCAUUUUAUAGAUGCUACUCAUUAACAAGUUUCAAAUUCAAUGGAGGUUUAGAGUAUAUUGGAUCUGCUGCAUUUAAAAAUUGUUCAAAACUAACAAGCUUCUCAAACUCAGAUUGUUUAAAUAUUAUUGCAGAUGAAGCAUUUUAUGGAUGCAUAAAUCUAGAGAGUAUAACAAUUGCAGGUGAUAACAUAUCUAUUGCAGAUAAAGCAUUUUUCGAAUGCUCAAACCUAGCAAGCAUCACAAUCACAGGCAAUUUAACAUAUAUUGGUGAAUAUGCGUUUGAGAGAUGCUCAAACAUCGCAAGCAUCACAAUCACAGGCAAUUUAACAUAUAUUGAUAGUUGUGCGUUUGAUGGAUGUUCAAACUUAACAAGCAUCACAAUCACAAGCAAUUUAACACACAUUGGUGAAUUUGCGUUUAGGAGAUGUAUAAACUUACCAAAUGUAGCAAUUCCAGGAAGUUUGACAUCCUUGGAAAAGGGCAUAUUUUUACAAUGCUGGAGAUUGGUAUCUAUCGCAUUGCCAGAGUGUUUAGUAUCUAUUGAAAAUAGUGUGUUUUCAUUUUGCGAAAAAUUAUCAAAUAUCACAAUCCCAAGAAAUGUAACGUGGAUUGUAGGUUAUGCAUUUAAUGAUUGUAAAAGCUUAAUAAGUAUCACAUUGCCAGAAGGAAUAAAUGUUGUUUCUUAUGGCUUAUUUGAUGGUUGCAUAAACUUAACAACUAUCAAUAUACCACAUAGAACAACAUAUAUUGAAUUUGAAGCAUUUGCAAAUUGCAUCUCAUUAACAAAAAUCGAAUUCCCAAGAAAUUUAACAACAAUUUAUGAAAAAGCAUUUAAUGGAUGUGUAAGUUUAACAAGUCUCAUAUUCCCAGAAAGUUUAACAUCUAUUAGAUAUCAAGCAUUUGGAGGAUGCACAAGUUUAACAAGUAUCACACUCCCGGGAAGUUUAACGCUUAUUGAAUAUGAUGCAUUUUCUUCUUGCCCAAAAUUGAAAAGUAUUACAUUCCAAAACAAUACUAAUACAAUUAGUUUUGGCACAAAUAUAUUUUCUGACAAUAUACUAAAUAUUUACAUCCAAGGAAUGUUUAUUGCAAAUCAAUCUAGUCGAAAUAGAAUACAACCAAACAGUCAUUUAUAUGUAACAGAUCAAACAGUUUUAACAAACACGUCCAAAGAAUUUUUUGGUGUAAAGUCAGUUUAUGUUCACUAUAAAAACAUAACAGAACUUACCGAUCAAAUGACAAUUGAUGUUCUUCAAUACAUCGCUAUUGAGCACAGAAUUGAUCCAUUUGUUUUCCCUCAAACUGUAAAUGAUCCUAUUAUUUAUGAAUCUGAUUAUAGUUUUCUCUCUAUUCUCUUGAUUGGUCUUUACUCAUAG